CCUAUGGACCUGCGGCUUGGGCCUGGGGCUGGCCGCGCGGGCAGAUGGGCGCGGGGUGGAGCGCUCACGGGGUCCCCGUGUGGGCUGGGCCAGCUUGGCCGUGGGGCGGGGCCGACACCGGGGACUCCGCCCGGAGGUGGGCUCGGGCAUCUGGGAAGCGGCACCGCCCCGUGCGCGGUGCUAGUAAGAGCGGCGCUCCUCAAGGAUAAUAAUCACCCUAGUGACCCUUUUUCGCCAGCUUGAGUGAAACCCUGAGCAGAUCGUUCCAGUGGUUCCUCACAUCAACCUUGGGAAGUCCGGGUCCUCUAGGAGUUCCAUUUUACCGAUGAGGACCGAGGUCCCGGGAUACAGGGACCAGCGUGGUCCCAGUCACACAGGGGCUAACAGGUGCAACAAGACCGGCUCCCCGGUCUGCCUUGCUCCGGAGCCUGGGCCCCCACCCACCGAACCAUGCUGCCAUUCCAGAGUUUUAACAGCUCUGGAGUGCUGUGCACCGUGUGACAUUGUGUCUUUAUCAUGCAGGUACCAAGAUUUCCAUGCAUUCGACCUUUCGGGAGCCACUCGGGUCCUUGAGUGGAUUGGUGACAAAGGAGUCUUUGUUGCUGAGUAUGAAAGCCUGAAAAAAAAUGAGAUUCUUCAUCUGAUAUUACCUCUGAGACUUUCUGUAAAAGAAAACCAGGGCUUAUUCCCAGAAAGAGAUUUCAAGGUAUGCCAUGGAGGAUUUUCAGACACCUCUGUCUUUGAUCUGAAGCAUGUGCCAGACACCAGGUUGCUGGUGACCACUGGUCUUCCGGGUUCUUACCUGCAUGUGUGGCAGAUCACAGAGGACAGUGAUGUCAUUCAGGCUGCCAGCACCAUUGCUGUGCAGGAGAAGGAGGACAGUCUGUGGCCUAGGGUGGCCAUCUUCUCUUUGACAACACCCGGAGUCCUCCAUGGGGUGAGGCUCAGCAGUCUCAGGGUCGUGGAUUUAGAAUCCCAGAAGACCACAUACACCUCAGGGGUCAGUGACAGCGAGGAGCUGAGUAGCCUGCAGGUCCUGGACACAAACACCUUUGCCUUCUGCUGUGCCUCAGGUCGGCUGGGGCUCGUCGACAUCCGCCAGAAGUGGGCGCCGUCAGAGAAUGUCAGCAACGGCCGUGGCGGCCCUGGCGCUGCUGGAGGGAGAUGGUGUGCUGAAGUUGGGGGCAAGGUCCGGAGCCCUGGGCCCAGCAUUGCCAUCCUUGGCUCAAACGGGCAGCUCUGUCUUCUUGACCCCCGGGAUCUCUGCCAUCCUGUGAGCUCGGUCCAGUGCCUGGUGUCUGCACCUAGCCCUGACCCAGAGCUGCUGCGAGUGACAUGGGCUCCAGGCCUAGACAACUGCUUGGCCAUUUCAGGUUUUGAUGGGACGGUCCAGGUCUAUGAUACCACAUCUUGGGAUGGAAUGGGGAACCAAGUAGAACCUCUCUUCACUCACAGAGGUCACAUUUUCCUGGAAGGCCAUCAGACAGACACGACUCCACUGGUCACUACCCACACUUGGCACCCCCACAAGCCAAGGACUUUGUUAUCAGCAGCAAGCGAUGCCUCUCUGCACGUGUGGGACUGGGUGGACAUGCAUGCGUCCAGCUGACUCCAGCGUCUUUCUGCCCAGGCCUCUAAGAAGAGGAGGAGCUGCUAAGAGAGGAGUAUAGCCAAUGUGCUGAUUUAGGACUCCAGUGACUGUAGGUCCCUGUUACCAGCCCGGUGGCCUUAGGCAAGUUAGCCAGCUUCUCCUGCCCCCAGUUUCUUCAUUUGUAAAAUGAUAAUCGUAGUAGCUUCCUCUCAGGGAUGUUGGGAAAGUUAGAAGUGAUGUAUUAAAAAAUAGGAUGCGUGACACUAUAAAUAUUUAGUAGCUACCGCUCAAUCCAAGAGUAGAAUGUAGAGCGAUGUUUUAUCCCUGCUGUUUACAAUAUCAUAGUGAGAAUCAAAAAAAGGCAACAAAUGUAAACAUGUUUUGUGAGCUUUUUUACAAAACUCAAACUAUCUAAGGGCUAACAAACAUGAAAAAAAAGUCAACCCCAGUAGCAAUGAAGGUAAUAGCAAUUAAAACAAGAUUAUGCCUUUUUUACCUACCAACUUGCCAAAUUGUAAAGCAUUAUUGCUUUGGACACCUGAUAAAGGUGACAACCCAGUUCAGGAGGCACAAAGCAAUAGCACAUGGUUCCUGCUCCCAGCUGUACAUGGGACCAAUGUGCAGUGGAACCAUAAUUCAUAUAUCCAGUCUCCUGUUAUGUGAUGGUUAAAGUUUUCUGAUCUUUGGCUGUUACAAAUAGUAUGAAUAAUGUUUGUACCCAGGAACAAAAGCCUGUAGGAUAAAUUUAUAAAAUUAAAAUUGCUAAGGUAGAGGAUAUGUGCAUUUUUAGGUCCUUAUUAUAAGUACUGCCAACGUGCCCUCCAUGGAGACUGUGCCAUUUACGAUGGCAGCAGUGAUGGGUCUGUCCCUCUUUCCUCACCAGCCAAGUCUCCCUACUGGCUUUUUACCUUUGCCAGUCUGAUAGGUGAAAAAUCAUUAUUUGUAGUUUUAGUCUUCUUAUAUGCGUGAAAUUGAGACUCCAGGGGAACAGGCCCAAGGGAUGCUCCUGGCCCAUAGCAAAUAUUAAAGUAUACCUGCAUCCCUGUUACAUACCAUCUCUUACUAUCACACUUGUUAAGGAAUUUUCAGCAGGUUUGCUUUUGAAAUUAUUUGAUUACUAGUCAGUUUGGGCUCUGAGUUUUUAAAAAAUAGCUCUAUUGAGAUAUAAUUCACACACCAUGCAGUUCACCCACCGAAAGUGUACGAUUUGGUGGUUGGGGUUUAUUGUUAAUUUUUUAAAGAUUGUGGUAAAAUAUAUGUAAAAAUUUGCUA